AAGGUGUACACUUGCCACUUGUGUUACUUCUGUGGAAGUCAACAAGGUGUCAUGUACUGAACCAGAAAGGUGUAUUCAAUUGAAGCGGUGCACUCUGUUCUUCACUUGUUUAGAGAGAGAGAGAGAGAGAGAGAGAUGUGGAUUUCAUGGAUGAUAAUAGCAGUGAUGGUGGGAAUAGAGUGUGUGGAAGCAGGUUUAAACACUUUAACUAAAGUAGCCAUGACUAGUGGAAUGAGUGACUUUGUGUUUGUUGUCUAUUCAAACUCCCUAGCCUUGCUCUUCCUUCUUCCUUCUACUCUCAUCUACCACAGGAAAAGACCAUCCCCAAAACUUACUUUCUUGAUUGUCUGCAGAAUCUUCCUUCUAGGCCUCCUCAGUUGUACUGCACAGAUUUUGUUAUACACUGGAAUUGGGUUUAGCUCUCCAACUGUGGCCUCAGCAAUGACUGGCCUCAUUCCGGCCUUUACCUUUGUUCUCGCUCUUAUCACCAGGAUGGAAAAACUAGAUUUAAAAGUUAAGAGCAGCCAAGCCAAGUCCAUUGGCACCAUAGUAUCGAUCGUAGGGGCAUACAUUGUGAUCUUUUACCAAGGGCCGCCAAUCAUGUUCUCUCAAUCUCUUCCCAUCCUUCACUCACCCUCUGAAUCGCCACUAUCAAAUUGGAUCAUCGGGGGCUUUCUCCUUGCAACAUCUAGCUUUGUGAUUUCAGUACUAUACAUUGUUCAGACGUGGAUAAUUAAGGACUACCCUGCAGAGAUGGUGGUAACACUUAUUGCGCGCGUCUUUGUGGCAAUCCUAUCGGCUAUAAUCGCUUUGAUUGUAGAAAGCGAUCCAAAAGCUUGGACACUAAGACCUGAUAUGGAGUUGGUAACUAUUGUCUACUCGGCAUUUCUUAUGGUUACAAUUCGGAGCGUGAUUCAUGCAUGGGCUUGUCGCACAAAGGGUCCUGUCUUUGUUACGACGUUUAGACCACUGGGGAUGGUCUUUGCAGUUUUCAUGGGAGUUACCUUUUUAAAGGAUACUCUCCAUGUUGGAAGUGUAAUUGGAGCAAUCAUAAUAGCUCUUGGUCUCUAUUCUGUGAUGUGGGGAAAAGCCAAAGAAGUUGAGAUUAUCGAAAACAGCUUUAUCUGUAGGAUUAAUUCAUCUUCCGAAGAAGUUCCUCUGUUGCAAAAUAAAAGCAUAGACGUAUAGAAAUAAUUGUACAUAGUGGGGGUGUUUAGUGUGGAUUAUAAGGGGUGAUUAUAGUUUAUUUUAAUUUUGAAAUCUGUGCCAGAUCAUUUGGUGUAAUUUCUACUUAUAAUUUUUUAGACAGAAAUAGCUUAAAUAAGCGAAAAGCUGAUUAUUUAGAAACUGUGGAAGGGAUGGUUUUGAUUUCUGUUUUCUGAUUAUCAACUUUUAACUUACAAUAAACUGCACUAACCACCACCAGUAUAAAAUGUU